GGGAGCGCAGGGGUGGCGCUAGGGAGGCGGGAAAGGAGACCGCGGGACUGCCCUUCCGUAGCCAGCCGUUGUGAGCUGGUAGGGUCGGCUCAGGCGCCGUUAUGUCUGGCAAGGGCAAGCCCUUGUCUAGCUGCAGCUGCCCGGAGCUGGCCGUGGGGCAGCGAGGCGGCGCGGGCGGCCGAGGUGCUACAGCCCGACUGCCCCCGGAGGAGUCUGAGGAGCAAGGAAGGGGCCGCAGGGCUAACCCCAGACUGGGGGACCCUGCCAUUGUCAAGUCCCCCAGUGACCCCAAGCAGUACAGGUAUCUCACAUUACAAAAUGGCUUGUGUGCACUACUGAUUUCGGAUGGAAAUAACAUGGAUAGUGUUCCUUCUGAGGAGUCUUUGGAAUGGGAGGAUAAUGAUGAAAUCGAGAUUGAAACUGAUGAAGAUGAUGACUCGGUAGCAGAGAUGGAAGAGGACAAGGAAAAUUAUGAAGAUGAUGAUGGUGAGGAGGAGGAUCCCAAUAAUUCUGAUGAUAUGGAAAUGGAAGAACUAACAGGAAAGAAAGAAGCAAAUAAGAGAAAUGGAACAGAGAAGCUGUCUGCAGCUGCUCUUUGUGUUGCUGUUGGCAGUUUCUGUGAUCCUGAGGAUCUGCCUGGGUUGGCACAUUUUCUGGAGCACAUGGUAUUUAUGGGCAGUUUGAAGUAUCCAGAUGAGAAUGGGUUUGAUGCAUUCCUGAAGAAACAUGGGGGCAGUGACAACGCUUCAACUGACUGUGAAAGGACAGUCUUCCAUUUUGAUAUCCAGCAGAAAUACUUCAAAGAAGCACUCGAUAGGUGGGCACAGUUCUUCAUUCACCCACUAAUGAUCAGGGACGCUAUUGAUCGUGAAGUUGAGGCUGUUGAUAGUGAGUAUCAACUAGCAAGGCCAUCUGAUGCAAACAGGAGGGAGCUGCUACUUGGAAGCCUUGCCAGACCUGGGCAUCCAAUGAAAAAGUUUUUCUGGGAAACUUUGGAUACUUUGGAGAAGUGGGUGAAGGAACUCUUUUCACAGAUUCCAAAUAAUGGUUUAUCCAAACCGAACUUUGGCCAUCUGACACAGCCUUUUGACACACCUGAAUUUUACAAGCUUUACAGAGUUGUUCCAAUCAGAAAUGUUCAUUCACUGAGCAUUGCCUGGGGACUACCACCACAGGAGAGACAUUACAGGGUGAAGCCACUUCACUAUAUCUCCUGGCUGGUAGGACAUGAAGGCAAAGGCAGUGUUCUUUCCUUUCUUCGGAAAAAAUUUUGGGCUCUUGCGUUAUAUGGGGGAAAUGGUGAGACAGGAUUUGAACAGAACUCCACCUACUCUAUAUUCAGCAUUUCUGUGACAUUGACUGAUGAAGGUUACAAGCACUUCUAUGAGGUUGCGCAUGUUGUGUUCCAGUAUCUGAAAAUGUUGCAGAAAAGAGGGCCAGAUAAAAGAAUUUGGGAAGAGAUUCAGAAGAUUGAAGCUAAUGAAUUUUAUUUCCAGGACCAGGCUGAUCCAAUUGAUUAUGUUGAAAGUCUUUGUGAGAACAUACAUAUCUUUUGUAAGGAGGACUUUUUGACAGGCGAUCAGCUUCUGCUUGAAUACAAGUCUGAAAUCAUUGCUGAUGUCCUUAACCAGCUCUGCCCUCUGAGAGCAAACCUUGUUCUGUUGUCUGCUGCCAGUGAAAGAGAAUGUCAUCUAAAGGAGAGAUGGUUUGGGACACAGUACAGUGUGGAGGAUAUUGACAAAUAUUGGAGUGAUUUAUGGGCCAGUGACUUUCAGUUAAACCAGGACUUGCACUUUCCUGAAGAAAACAAAUAUAUAGCCACUGACUUCGCUCUGAAGGCAUCUGAUUGCCCUGACACGGAGUACCCAGUCAAAAUUCUGAGUACACAACACGGCUGUGUGUGGUACAAGAAGGACAAUAAAUUCAAAAUCCCCAAAGCUUACAUAUGUUUCCAUCUGAUCUCCCCACUGAUACAGCAGUCUGCAAAGAGUAUGGUACUUUUUGAGACUUUUGUAAAUAUCCUUUCUCACAACCUUGCUGAACCGGCAUAUGAAGCCAGUGUUGCUCAGUUGGAAUAUAAACUGGUAUCUGGAGAGCAUGGUUUAGUCAUUCGAGUGAAAGGAUUCAAUCAUAAACUACCUCUGCUCUUUCAGCUCAUCAUUGACCACUUGUCUGACUUCAGUUUUACUCCAGCGGUUUUUGAGAUGAUAACAGAGCAGCUAAAAAAGACUUACUUUAAUAUUCUGAUCAAGCCAGAGAUGCUGGCCAAAGAUGUGCAUUCUUUAAUUUUGGAGCAUGGCAAGUGGUCUAUGAUAGAUAGAUACAGGAGAUUAAUGAAGGGCCUUUACACUGAGUCCCUCUCAUCCUUUGUUAAGGGCUUCAAAUCACAUCUAUAUGUGGAGGGGCUAGUGCAAGGAAACGUCACAAGCAGAGAAUCAAAGGAUUUUCUGAAUUAUGUUGUUCUAAAACUGCAAUUCUUUCCCUUGCCACACCCAUGUCCUGUUCAAUUUCGGGUGGUAGACCUGCCAAACACACACCUACUCUGCAAGGUGAAAACCCUUAACAGAGGUGAUGCCAACUCUGAAGUGACAGUCUAUUAUCAGUCUGGGGCUAGGAGUUUAAGAGAAUACACCCUUAUGGAGCUGCUUGUGAUGCACAUGGAGGAGCCUUGCUUCAACUUCCUACGAACCAAGCAAACCCUUGGCUACCAUGUGUACCCUAAAUGUAGAAAUACAUCUGGGAUUCUUGGGUUCUCUGUUACCGUAACCACACAAGCAACCAAGAACAACUCUGAAUUAGUUGACAAGAAAAUAGAAGAAUUUCUUUUGUACUUUGAGGGGAAAAUGAGGCUUCUAACUGAAAAAGCAUUCAGGACUCAGGUCAGUGCUCUAAUACAUAUUAAAAAAUGUGAAGAUUCCUAUCUUGGAGAAGAGGUGGAUAGAAAUUGGAAUGAAGUAAUGUCUCAGCAGUAUCUUUUUGACAGACUUGCCUAUGAGGUUGAAGCACUACAAUCACUAACUAAAUCAGACCUUGUUGACUGGUUCCAAGCUCAUAGAGGCAAAGAGAGGAAAGCACUCAGUAUACAUGUGGUUGGAUUUGGUAAACAAGAAGGCGACUCAGAUGUUCAGCAGUCCUUACCUGGUGAAAUAUAUCAACUCACAUUCUUACCCCCUUCCUCCUAUAUGAAGAAUACCUCUUACAUCAGGGACAUUAGAAAUUUCACAUUAAUGCGUAACUUCCUCCCUUACCACAAGAUAUUAAAAUAAAUUAUAGUUGUUUUCCCGUGCAUUUAAGUGUAGUUUAAGUAAUUUUCAGUUUGAGAACACAGUGAAUCAUUUAGCCUCACUAAAUGAAUUUGUAUUUUCAGCAGUGGUAGAUGAGUUCUUCCCUUAUUUUAAUGAAGAUUUGCAGCAUUGCACAUCCACUUUGCUCUCUCCCACUCCUCCUCUGAAAUCUGAAACAAAUUUAUUUUUAACAGUUGUUAAUGGAAAGUAUAACUCCUGUCCCCAUUCUUAACAUACUUCAAGACAUUUUCCCUCCCUUGUUUUUUUUAUUGUGUUCUUAUUGUGUUCAAUACAACAUGCUAUGUAAACUUAAAACAUUAAUAAUCUCUAGUCUUUAUAUUUUAGACACACUAUUUCAGAGAUCUCUUUGAACUCUUCAUUACGCUGCAAAGGUACUUGUAAGAGCCUUAAAGAGAUACUGCACCAUAUCAGCAAAUUUCCGUACUUAAAAUUUGCUUUCAAACAGCUUUUUAACCAGUGGGCCGUCUCACAGCCCAGAAUAGCCUCCAUCCAUUCUUGCACUAGCCAUGUCCCCAACACAUCCUUACACCAGUGUCUGCACAGGGAGGCAGCAUAGGACCAUCUGCGCUGCUGGAGCAAUUCCCCAGGGGGCAUUUUGGCCUCCAUUAUGCUAUGAGAGCAGCAUAAAGGGAUCAUAAUGGCACCUUGUGAAAUAAUUUUUAUCUGUGCAAAAGGAUUGCAAAGUCGGUGUAAAAUGCUACAGAUCAGAAUGGUAGCAUAUUACUUCCACUUUGCAUAGGGGAGACGACACAAUGUGUCAGGCAGCAAAGAAACAGGCCCUAAGCAUUUAAAUCAUGGUUACAGCUUUAUUUUCUAGUUUAGAAAUGAUAGAAUGACUUAUCUGAUUUCAUGCCAUCUGUGGGAUUAGCAAAACCAGAGAGACUAAUAAACAGCAAAUAUGACAAAUUAAUGAUGCAGAAGUAAUGUGCAGACAAUUCAGGCAACUUAAUUAUGACAGUCAUUGCUAACAGCUAAUAAAUAGACUGAAUGUUAGCUCUAAUGCAGAUUAUCAUCCAAUUGUCUCAUUGUACAGUUGACUACAACAAUUUUCACACUCCACCUAACCUUUUUAUUGUAAGAAACUCCCUACCAUCAAAACUCACUAUCCUUUACAUAAACAUAUUAGCCUUCCUCCUGCUGCUCAUUGUCUUAACACUGAACUCACCGUUCAGAUCAGGUUCAGUGUUUAGACCAAAAUUAUACCUGGAAGUACCAACAGUUUAGAAGGGAGCUCUGGAUUAUAUGAGAAAAAUGUAUAGGGUCAGAGAUUUUUCACUUAGCUGGCACUAAUUGUCUCUUUGUUGGGCGCACUUUCAGCAAAGGCCAGAGACUGAAUGAGUCGUGAAAUAGACUUAUCAGUUCAUCCGUAGAAGUGUUUCUUCCCCGUAGUAUAGGGAAGCUGUAAAUGUAAGUUGUAUAGCUCCACAUAAACCGGUGGUCCUUAGACAAGGGUGUGGAAGUACUGAACCAACCUGGAGUUAUGGAAAACAUUUUAGCUCCCUCCUUUCCCUGAUCAUGUAUGAUCCAGCAAUAUAACUGGUUUCAGAGUAGCAGCCGUGUUAGUCUGUAUUCGCAAAAAGAAAAGGAGUACUUGUGG